UGUCCCUCUUGUUCCUCCUCGCGCAACAAGAGGGCUUUUUUUUUUUCUUGUUAACGCGGGUUUUUUGGAAACGGUGGACACGCUGGACGCGGAGCAGGAUCCACGCAGGGGGCACAAUCCGGACACCGUGUUCUUCGUUUGCGGCUUUAACGCGAUGGAGCCAGCCUUCGGUGAGGUGAACCAACUCGGCGGUGUCUUCGUGAACGGCAGGCCGCUCCCCAACGCGAUCCGGCUCCGGAUAGUGGAGCUGGCCCAGCUCGGGAUUCGACCGUGCGACAUCAGCAGGCAACUGCGCGUUUCCCACGGCUGCGUCAGCAAGAUCCUGGCCCGCUACAACGAGACCGGCUCCAUCCUCCCGGGGGCCAUCGGGGGCAGCAAGCCGCGGGUCACCACGCCCACCGUGGUCAAGCACAUACGGACAUACAAGCAGAGGGACCCGGGGAUUUUUGCCUGGGAGAUCCGGGACAGGCUACUCGCCGACGGGGUUUGCGACAAAUUCAACCUGCCCUCCGUGAGCUCCAUCAGUCGGAUCCUCCGCAACAAGAUCGGGAAUCUCUCCCAGCAGAGCCAGUACGAGUCGGGCAAGCAGGCGCCUCACCCGCAGCCCACGAUACCCUACAACCACUUGUACUCAUACCCGACGUCCAAAGUGCCCACUCCCCCUGGCAUGCCCACCCUUCCCGGACACAUGGCCAUGCACAGGAUAUGGCCCUCCUCGCACUCCGUGACAGACAUUCUGGGGAUACGGUCGAUUACAGAGCAACAAAACGCCGAGUGGCUCGCCCACAGCGAACAGCUGUGUCACAGCACCCAGCACCCCUCCCUGCCGCCCUCCCACCACCCGAGCGUCACCCUGCACGGGGUGCAGCGCCACCACGUCGGCCUGUGCGACCGGUCCCACAUGGCGGCCGGCCAGUGGCAGUGCGCCAUCUCCCCACAGCUGUGAUGUCGCCCGCCUCACCCCGUGGGGCCUUUUUUUUUCUUCCGAAGACGCAUGACAGCCGACCCACGUGACGCCGCCGCCGUCGUCCACCAACCCCUCCCCUCCACCUCCCCCGCCCCGGUCACCGGGCCUCGGCGCUGUGAAGUCAGACUGAUGGGAUGGAGGGAUGGAGGGGGAGGGUCGGGGGGGGUUGUGAGAGACGGCGAGGACAGGAGACAACAAGUCUGUCCCCUGUGGCUUCAUUUCAUUCCCCGCUGCCUCCUUUCCUACGAAGGACUCGGCCCCCAGGACCCAUAUCUGUGCCCCCUCCUCUUCCUCCUCCUCCUCCUCCUCCUCCUCCUCCUCCUCCUGCUACACAGUCAGACCAAAGACACACAAGGAAUAAACUGUCCUUUUUUUUUUUUUUUUAAACCAACAAACUUGUGUGAAAGAACUUGCAGGACAGACAGGUGUACUGAAGGACUGAUGUAUGACCGCUCUUCUAUCCAUCAACACAAUUCCUCUCAGAUUCUUUAUUGCACACUUCUGCAAAUGUCUUUGGGCAAAACGGGGUAAUGUAUAACUUCACGAGUACGCAAUCAAAGAGGGAUGGGGGGGGGGGGGGGGACUACAGUUUUCAGGGUGCUUAAUAAUUGCAAAUGUUUUUUUUUUUUUUUUUAAAUAUAUAUAUAUUUGUUUGUAUGCUUUUUUUCUUUCUUUCCGUUGUCACGUUUGGAUAAAAGCAACGGGCUUAUGGAGCAUUGUUUUCCCCACUUUCUCUAUAACAAUGUAGCUGUAAGCAGGGAAGCUCCAUGAGAGAAGUUUAUUUAUUAGAUUACGGUACGUUGAAUGAAGUGCAAU